AUGCGACUGGCUCAAUCAAGCAGCCUAGUCCGCCAAUCCGGAUGUCUCCAUUCUGGCCACUCGAUGACGAGAGUCACACCCUGGAGGGACGUCAGGCUAGGUACCCUACGGAAAAUCAGCACGGUGGGCGUGAUCGGUGCUGGUCAAAUGGGAACUGGGAUUGCUUUCGUGGCUGCCAAGAAUGCAGGUGUUAAUGUCCUCCUACACGACCAACUCCCGGAGGCGCAGAAGAAGGGACUCGCUUUCAUAGACAAGUUGCUGGCGAAAGAUGUCGCCAAAGAAAAGCUUACUGAAAACGAAGCUACUGGAGUCCGCGGACGAGUACGAGCGAUCGGAGAGCUGAACGAAUUGAGGGACGUAGACCUGGUGAUUGAGGCAGUCGCCGAGAAGCUAUCGCUCAAGCAAACAAUCUUCUCUCAGCUCGCUUCUAUCUGUAAACCGAGCACCAUCCUUGCCUCCAACACAUCCUCGAUUUCGCUCACCAAGAUCGCAGCCUCAGCCAUCAAUCCUAACCAAAAUCCACACCAAUUGGCCAGUCCCGAUCCUUCGCCUUCUCGAGUAGUUGGCCUACACUUCUUCAAUCCAGUGCCAGUCAUGUCCCUUGUCGAGCUUAUCGCAGCUCUCCAAACGUCGGAAGACACGUUGAAACGGGCCAGAGAGUUUGCCGCCAGAUGUGGCAAAGUGGUCACCGUCUCGAAAGACACACCUGGCUUUAUUUCCAACAGAGUUCUUAUGCCCAUGAUAAACGAGGCGAUCAUAUGUCUUGAAGAAGGGGUGGCGACUCGAGAGGAUAUUGAUCAGACGAUGAAGCGCGGUACCAACGUGCCAAUGGGGCCACUAACCUUAGCAGAUUUCAUCGGACUCGAUACGUGUCUUUCAAUCAUGCAAGUCCUUUACAGCCAAACAUCGGACUCAAAAUAUCGGCCCUCAGUUCUACUGAGUCGGAUGGUUGAUGCUGGUUGGCUAGGCAAGAAGGUUGGGAAGGGGUUUUACGAGUAUGGUAGCUGA